CCUCGCCUUUUAGGGCUCCACACUCGGCCAGAAUGUGGAGCACCCCUGGGGCCCAUUCGCAGUAAGUUUCCCCGUUCGGGCUAUAAAGGGGAGGCGCUACAGCCCGCAAUUUAGUCUGGUUCGGCCCCUUCGGACCGGACGCGCUGGGUCAUUCAUCCACAUUCUACCCUACGCGCAGACAGAUUCGAUUUCAAACCCCGUACCCAAUGCAGUUCCAACUUCCAAGAGUUCGGCUGGAGAAGCCCUGGAGUCUUAAAACAUGCGAUCAAAACACCACCAAAACCCUAAAUAUUAUACAUCAAGUACUAUCUGGGAAGUAUUUUUUGGACAGAGCAGUGCUCCGCACUAUCAGGUUGCAAAAUCCUCGAGAGCCAAUUUUGCUUGUCGAUUUCAGCUGACUGCUGGUGUAUUGCAACUCAAGGUGGCUUCAAUGACAACUUAAGUGGUCGUCCUUGUGAGAUUGUGCAUAAUCCAUGGCAAUCCAUUAGCACGAUUACUUGUCGCUAAGCUGACCCAACGUGAAUGGAGUAAACCUCGUGCCAUCUGCUUUGUAAAACUUGUUUUGGAACUCCACC